ACAGAACGAUAUAGGGGCCAGGAAAAUUAAAAGACCUGGAACAAAUUUAUACAAAUUGGGAGUAGACCAAAAUAGACUUAAGACAGCUAGCUUAAUUAUCUCCUUUAAGCAGACUGGGCUUGAUUUUAUUUUCUUCCUAUGAGAGCAGUUUCACAAAAGGUCCAAGUUCCUUGAAAUUUAACAGUUUUUCAGAAUGAAGCAUGAAAGAAAAUUCCACAAAUAAAGUUGGUUUAAAAGGCAAAUUUAUGGCUUAUAUUAAAAAUAGUGAUAGAGUCCAAAUGAAUGAGGUUAGGCAAAGGAGGUCCCCACCACACAUUUGUGAACCAAAACAGCUCAAAGAAAAGCAUGUGUUUAGACUGAAAAAGGUGAUGAUGUAUUGUUUGCUUUUACCAUGGAUUUUAUUUGUGGAAUGAGAAUGUACUGGCACAGAAGAAAUAUAGUCUUUUGCCUAUCAAAAGUUAAAGGAAAGUUGAACUAUAUUGAGGUAAAGGGACAUAGAUAUAGAAGAAAAAUUUCCCCCUUGAGUAUUUUUUUCUGGACGUAUUAAAUAGCAAUGUUUACUUGUGAUAAGUGUUUAUUUGCCUGGUUGAGAAAUAGAAUUUCAAUGGCAAACGUCAGACUUUGAGGACAAGAGUAAAAUUUACUUCUUUGAUUUCAUAAGAACUGAGGACUGGAGUGCAAAUUCUACUUGGAUAACCUGCCCCCAACACCACUCCAGCGUCUGCCAGACAGAUGGAACUCUCCAAUAUGAAAAUCUGCGCAGCCAUUCCAACAAGCAGGACUCUGCGCGAGGUUGUGGGUGUCCGAAAGAUGCGGAGGAAAAAGACUUCAGGACUGGGAGCGCUCUUACCCCAAGAUCGGACGAAAGGGCCUUGGGAGAUGGAAAAGGAAUUAAUCUCCUCACCCUGGCGAGGUUUCCUGAAACUACUUAACCUCAGCAUCUGCGCUGUGAGAGGUGGAGCCUCGCAGUCCGGCGGCUGCAGACAGGAGCCCUUGAAGCUAACACAGGAACAUGGCCCUUUAGGACCAAGCACUCUUGGCAUUCUUUCGAGAUUGAGAUUCCAGCGCAACGGAUGAACAGGACUUAAAUCUAGGGUGUGCUCACCCAUCCCUCCCUCCGUCUUUUCACGCACGCACCAGCUCGUCCUCACGUGUAUCACCGUAGUGGACAGUGUUGACUUGAAUUGCUCUUUCUCGCUCCAAGCCUUUCCUAUGAAUGAACCCGAAAACACUCGACAGGUCGUGAAUAAUCGUUUUAAUGAGUGUGCAAAGCGUGCGACGGGGUGCACCGAGCUGUCGGGUUAAACAAACAACUUGUUCCCUGACCAAAUCCGAUUGUCAAAGUGCAAAGUGAUGUCAGUACUAUUUCCAUUGCCCUUCGGAAAACCACAGAUCUGAUACACGGGCGUCCAAUUUUCUCCAUUAAAGAAAAAUAACAAUA